AUGAGUACCGCUAACUCUUCUACAACUGAUAAUACUCAAGACGAUAAACAAUAUAUCUCGUACAAUAACGUACAUCAAUUGUGUCAGGUUUCUGCCGAACGUAUCAAGAAAUUUAAACCAGAUAUUAUAAUCGCUAUUGGAGGUGGUGGUUUCAUUCCAGCCAGAAUACUAAGAACUUUUUUAAAAGAACCGGGUAUUCCAACAAUUAGGAUUUUUGCUAUUAUCUUAUCUUUAUAUGAAGAUCUGAACUCUGUAGGUUCUAACGCCGAACAUCUGGGUGUACAAGUUAAAAGAAUACAAUGGAUAGAUUAUGAGCAAUGUAAAUUAAGUUUAUUGGGUAAAAAAAUCUUAAUAGUUGAUGAGGUUGAUGAUACAAGAACAACUUUAUGUUAUGCUUUGCAAGAACUAGAAAAAGAUGUUCGGGAACAAAGUUUAGAAAAGGGUAUCAAAUAUGAGGAAAGCGGCACUAAAUUUGGUAUUUUCGUUUUACAUGACAAGUUAAAACCUAAAAAGGCUGAAUUACCUGACUAUAUAUUGAAAGGUGAAAAUAGGUAUAUUUGUGCUAAACAAGUUCCCAAUAAAUGGUAUGCUUAUCCAUGGGAAUCUACAGACAUUGUUUAUCAUACUAGAAUGGCUAUGAAGCAAGGUAACGAUGUUUUUUUACCAGAAGGAGAAUAUGAAAGAGUAAAUUCUAAGACUAGCUCUCAAUAA